CGCUGGGGCUGCGGCGCCGGCCCAGCCCCGCUCCGCGGCCGCCGGGAGGGAGCCGGGCCCGUCAGCGCCGGCGGCCGCGGCCCCUGCUCCGAGCGGCGAGAACCAGCUGAAAAUGUCUCAGAAUCCUGACAAGCUCCACUCAAGUGAAGAAAAGCUGAGCGGUUCGGAGGAUGCUCAGGAGGAGAACUCGGACAACCCGGAUCAGUCUGUCCGGAAAAGGAUACGGCAGAGCCCUCCAGGGUCACACAGAGAUGACACCCCCAAGUCCAGCCCUCCUCGGCCUGUGUCCAUAGAGGAGCUCAUGGAAACAGCCAAGGGAGUCACCAACAUGGCAUUAGCACACGAGAUCGUGGUCAAUGGAGACUUCCAGAUAAAACCAGCCGAGUUACCAGAACACAGCUUGGAGAAGAAAGUAAGAGAUAUUGUGCAUAAAGCUUUCUGGGAUUGUCUGGAAGCUCAGUUGAAGGAAGAUCCACCAACAUAUGAUCAUGCAAUUAAACUGCUGGGAGAAAUUAAAGAGAAUCUCCUGUCUUUCUUGUUGCCUGGUCAUACUAGACUGAGAAACCAGAUUACAGAAGUCCUUGAUCUGGAUUUGAUAAAACAGGAGGCAGAAAACGGGGCCCUCGACAUUUCCAAGUUGGUCAAGUUUGUUAUUGGGAUGAUGGGGACUCUCUGUGCUCCAGCCCGAGAUGAAGAAAUUAAGAAACUGAAUGACAUUCAUGAAAUAGUUCCUCUGUUCAGAGCCAUUUUCUCUGUAUUAGACCUAAUGAAAAUGGAUAUGGCAAACUUCGCUGUCAGUAGUAUUAGGCCAAAAUUAAUGCAGCAGUCUGCUGAAUAUGAAAGAAAGAAGUUUCAGGAGUUUCUUGAGAAACAGCCAAAUUCUUUAGACCUCGUCACAAAGUGGUUGCAAGAGGCAGCGGAUGAUCUUGCAAAGCUGGGACGUGAAACGUUGCCUCCCCGCUCUAACGACGGUGCUACCGGUGGAGCCUCCACCCUGUGCUUCACUGCUGUACAAAAUCAGGCCUAUUUGAAGCUCCUGAAGUGGGAUCAUGUGAACAGGCCUUUUCCAGAAACACUGCUCAUGGACCAGACCCGCUUCCUGGAAAUACAGCUGGAGCUGGAGCAGCUCCUCCUGGUUGGGACAGUGCUCCUGGUCACCUUCAGUGCAGCAGGCCCAGCGCUCGUCGACGUGCCUGGAUUUGCCGAGAAAAUCAAAACCAUUGUCAAGGUGCUGCUGACGGGAACGCAUCUUCCCUCCUUUAACCUGAAGGAAUCUCUGGCCACCAUCGGGGAGAAGGUGUGUGCUGAAGUGAACAGCUGCCUUUCCCAGCACGGCUUCACCCCCUUCUCAGCAGAGAGAGAGACUGUGCUCAAAGGGCAGAUCCAAGCAGUGGCCAAUCCAGAUAACACCAUCUGCAGGCUCAUAGAUUCUCGAAUUCAAAAGUUCCUGGAGAAUCAUCUUGCCUCCAGUCACCAGAAAACACUGCCUGCCAUCCCUGGAGGGUUAGGCCCUAUCCAGAGGGAGCUGGAAGAGGUUGCUGCCAAGUACGUUCGUCUCGUCAACUACAACAGGAUGGUCUUCAGCCCUUACUAUGAUGCAGUCCUUGGCAAAAUACUGACUAAGGGAGAAUCCCAACUUGUAGGGAAGCCAGAAGAGUCCUAAACCCAGUUUGUGUGCUACCAAUAACGGUAUUGUCAGCUAUUAAAUAAAAAUUGUACCAAUAUUUGUCUAGGAAAAACAGCUUUCCGUGUAAAUACCGGUUCCUUCUAAUUCACGAGUGAUGGCUGGUGAGGGAAAUACUCGAGGUGCAGAAAGGGGUUCUGAAGCCAAUGAUGAGAGAUGCAUUUUUAAUGUAAGGGUGCAAGCUAGGGGGGAAUGUUGUGGUAGUUUUCUGGCUGUAAUUUUUUUACAUUUUGGAGUUGAUUCUAGGCAGGGCAAGUUGAAGAACAGAACUUGGUAUUUAAGUGGCUCAUUUUAGGGCAUUUAACUCUUUUAAUUUACAGUGAAUUCAGUUUAAUUAAUCCAGAGCAGUUUAGCAAUGGUUCGUCCCAGAAGGGGUGAUAACGGUUUUAAAAAUAUCUUACUUUAAGGAAGUAAGAAAGCUAAAAUUCUAGGUAAGAGGAACUCUGACACAAAACCAACCCAAACAGCACUUUAUUGUAACAUUAUGAUCACUAUGGUAGGCUACUAGUUUUUUCUGCAUUUUACUGCAUUUUUAAUAGCGUUUUUUUGCUGUUUACCUGCAGAUGUUACAAAACAUAAUAUAUUUUUGUAGUAAAUUUUCUGGUUAUUGGGUAACUGUCCUCUGCUAUGUACAGUACUUAACAAAGGUGGCAAUCUUAUAGAUUGCAGCUGUAUUUAUCUCUUGUAAAGACUUAAGAAGGGCAGAGCUAAAAUGUUUUGAUAAAAGUGGUAUUUCUUACCUUGUUUUGCUAGUAGUUUCCUCCUUUUUAUGUGAAAUACUAAUUUUAAAGUAAAUCUGUGUCACUUUCAGAAGGUGGAUUUAAAGCGUGUGAAACUUUAGGCUGGAAAUUUUACUUGUUUUGGGGUUUUUUUGUUUUUUUUUUUAACUACAACAGGAGAUGGUUGCACAUUCAAUCAUGUCUUCAAAAAUAUCCAGGAAGUGCAGAGCACUAAUGGGCAGUAUAAGUGAUUUUAAUGUAGUGUGAGAGGGGAUUGACUUAGUUUGAACAUACAGGGAAUACUUUCAGUAGAUUUUUUUUUUUCCACUUUGUAGAGGUGUUCUUGGAACUUUAAGAAUAUUUCUAGGCCUUGAAUUUAAUUAGCUAUUGAAGUGUUGUGUAGAUGAGUGUUCUCAGAAGAGCUCAGUGGUCUUACAGCCUCACUGCAACUUCAGACCCAGCUGGCAGGUAAGUGCAUCUGGAAUUUCCCUCUGGUUGAGCACAACUGUGUUUUACAGUAAUCAAUAUUUGAUGGUUUUUAGGAAAGCAAAGUUCAUAGCUAUAAUAAACAGUAAGUGCUCCAAGUACUAAGCUAUCCGAGCCAGAAUGUCUUGUCUUUGGAAAAAAAAAACCAAACAACAAGGUAUGUAAAAUAAAUAAAUAAAAGGGCCCUUUUAUUGCCAACCACCAGGUUAAUUUGUGAAUCAGCUAGUCAAAGAAAGACAACUUCUAGAAGCACUUGAUUAUGAAUCAGUGUUGAUGCUUCCCUUUCCAGUUUUCCUUUAAAUGUCAGUAUGGGUAGAGCUGCACUGACUUUGGUUUUGGAGGAAGAUGAGAUAAAUAAGACCUUUUUCCUAUAUUAGCCUAUGCAACUCUAAACCAAAUCUUUUCUCAUGGAUUACAAACCCCCUUCUCCCAGGGACAAAAACCACCACCAAACCCUGUAAGAAUUUACCAGCUCAGACAAAUUUUUCUCUCUUGGCUGAAUGAACUCAGUUAAAAUGAGUGUCUUUGAAUCUUUGGUCAUUCAGAAAUCAGGAGGUUGGUUAGCCAGGAAAAAAAAGGCUCUGAGUAGGCUUUUGGUGUGGUGUGUGUCAUUGUCUGGAUCAGCAAAGGUGAUCUGUCCACCAGUGCAAAUCAAGUUAGUUAAUGAUUUUCCCAAAUUGUUUUUUUUAAUGAGACUGUCUGACGAACAGUUUCUCCACAUCCUCACAGAAGCAGGGGAUACAACUGAGUAGCAAAGCAAGGAAGGAAUUCCAGGAUUGCUAAGGCCAGGCCCUCCUCCACCUGGCCCUUUUUGGGGUUCAUCCCUCCCCCUCCCCACAGGCAGCUGUGCUGCUGGAGAUGGGAGCGUCUUUAACUUCCCCAAGUCCCUGUCCCGUAGUCCAAGGGGCUUCUUAAGAUCCUAUCAGAGUGCCACUCUGAACAGCCAGUAACAAGUUAAAAGCUCAAGUGCUCACAGAAACUGCUUUGAGAGCUCAUAUAGUGGUAUUUUUUAGCUUGUUUGAAGAUGACAAGUGAAACGAUGUAGCUGAUUAUUUAACAUUUAGCUUUGUACCUUACAGUGGAAGACGGGGCGGGUGUCCAGGAGCAGCCUGUGACAACCCACCUUUGAAACAUAUGCUGAGUUUAGUCUUAGGAUGCUGUCUUCUUCAAGCACUCAUGGAAUCACAAGCAAAAGCGUACUGUAUCCUCUAGAGAAAUGGAAAACAAGCUAAUUCUAAUAUGUAUGCUCUGACCAAUUUCCUGUGACGGUCUUAUUAGCAUUGCUUUUGAAGUGGCUGAGUAAUAUUUAAGAAGUACCUUGUUGUGUUUGAAUAAAACCAGAAUGAGGCAUGAA